AUGUUGUGGAAUCGGUUGGCACUCUUGACUGCUAUAGCUGGCUCGGCAGUGUCGAUCACCGACGUAGAAGUCCUAGCAUCACUGCGUGACGAUCCCAUCGGCUACGCCAUGCCUUGUUCCAACCGAACCUUCUGGCAGCCCAUACUUGACGCCAACGUCAAUAUUGUGAACGCUGUCCGUGCUACGGGAGUCAAGCGGUUAAAACAGGCGAUGCCGCCAUGGAGCGACGCCGCAUACCUGCUCUACAACCAGACAGGCAACCGCGUAGAUGGCCAGACUAUGAUGAAGAAACGCCAUGAGUUCACUCGAGACCUUCUCUUGGCCGAGUGCUUUGACAUGAACGGCCGGUUCUUGGCCAAGCUCGACAAUGCCCUGGUGUCGUACGCGACUCAGCGAACGUGGGUCUUGGCUGCCCACGACUCGAAGCUCGAC